AUGUCCCCCCCUCAGGACAUCCUGUGCCGCCUGGAGCACACGACGCUGCGCAAGGUGACGGCCAACACCGCCAUCUACUACGACCCCAACCCUCAGAGCACGGUGGUGGCCGAGGACCAGGAGUGGGUCAACGUAUACUACGAGAUGCCCGACUUCGACGUGAGCCGCAUCUCGCCCUGGCUGCUGCGCGUCGAGCUCGACCGCAAGCACAUGACCGACCGCAAGCUCACCAUGGAGCAGAUCGCCGAGAAGAUCAACGCCGGCUUUGGGGACGACCUGAACUGCAUCUUCAACGACGACAACGCGGAGAAGUUGGUGCUGCGCAUCCGCAUCAUGAACAGCGACGAGAACAAGAUGCAGGAGGAGGAGGAGGUGGUGGAUAAGAUGGACGACGACGUGUUCCUGCGCUGCAUCGAGUCCAACAUGCUCACGGACAUGACCCUGCAGGGCAUCGAGCAGAUCAGCAAGGUGUACAUGCACCUGCCCCAGACGGACAACAAGAAGAAGAUCAUCAUCACCGAGGACGGGGAGUUCAAGGCGCUCCAGGAGUGGAUCCUGGAGACGGACGGCGUGAGCCUCAUGAGGGUCCUGAGCGAGAAGGACGUGGACCCCGUGAGGACAACCUCCAAUGACAUCGUGGAGAUCUUCACCGUUCUGGGCAUCGAGGCGGUGCGGAAGGCGCUGGAGCGGGAGCUCUACCACGUCAUCUCCUUCGACGGCUCCUACGUCAACUACCGGCACCUGGCGCUGCUCUGCGACACCAUGACCUCCCGCGGGCACCUGAUGGCCAUCACCCGGCACGGCGUCAACCGCCAGGACACCGGGCCGCUCAUGAAGUGCUCCUUCGAGGAGACGGUGGGAAUGGGGAUGGGAAUGGGGCUGGGAAUGGGAUUGGUGGGUGGGAGUGGGGUUGGGAAUGGUCUCAUGACCGUCACCCGGCACGGUGUCAACCGUCAGGACACCGGGCCACUCAUGAAGUGCUCCUUCGAGGAGACG